CUUCAAACAAGAAGAGAGAGAGAGAGAGAGACAGGGCUUCGCUCCUUUUUGGCGACUUAAGAUGGCGACGGCGGCGGCCCGGUGCCGCUUCCCGGCCAGGCCUUGCGAGAGGCGGCGCUGGGCGCUGAGGAGGCGGCGGAGGAGGCUCGGCAGCCCCGGCAGGGAGAGCGGCGGCGGCGGCGGCGGCGGCGGUGGUGGUGGUGGUGGUGGAGACGGCGGCGGCUCCUCCUCGGUGGCGGCGGGUUGGCCCAGCAGCAGCGGCGGUGGUGGUGGUGGCGGCGGCGGGAGGCUGGAGGCCGGGCUCGGCCGCUUCGAGCAGCUCUUCGGCGGCGGGAGCAGCGAGGAGGAGGAGGAGGAUGAGGAGAGUGAAGAAUUUACUGGUUUUACAUCAGAAGAUGAGACCCUGACGAGCCCACUACGAUUAGCCCUCCGCUCUCAGAAGAGUCGACUAACUAACAACAAAAUCCACGAUGAGAAGAAGAAUUUGGUCCUCCCGUUACAGAGCAGCAUCCCAACUCUACCUCCCCCCCGGCGGGCACUGGACGCGGCAGGGAAGGCUCCGGGACCGAAGCGAGCGCCGGAACCCCGAGGCUGCCCCAGGACCCGGCCGGCGGCCGCCCCCCCUCCCAGAACCAGGGGCGCGGCGGGCCGGCCCCCCCACCGGAAAGCGGAGCCCAGGUCCCCCAGGGCCAGGGCCUGCAAGGGGGCCGAGAAGCCCCUGCUGCUGAGGCUCAAGAGCAAGAAGAAGCCCCUGGCGCUGAAGUUCGUCAGCAAAGCGCGGCAGCUGAAGGAGACCCGGCUCGCCCAGCGGCGCCUGCGGCUGAAGCCGCCCGCUGCGGCCGGGAGAGGGGGCAAGCGGCCGGGCGGGCUGCGGGGGAGGGGGGGCAAGCCGGGGGCCGGGCCCCUGCGGGUCAAAGCCGGGCGGGGGGGGUGCCUCCCCUCCGCCGCCCCCGGGGCCCCCAGACCCCACCCCGCCGAGCGGGAGGCGGCGAAGGCCCCCGCGGCCGCCCGGCCCGAGGGGCCGCACCGGGGCAAGUCCAGGUUCCUCAAGAACAUCCGGCAGUUCAUCAUGCCGGUGGUCAGCGCCCGCUCCUCCCGGGUCAUCAAGACCCCCCGGCGCUUCAUCGACGACGAGGCCGGGGCCCCCGGCAGACCCAGGCGCAGCCCUCCCCCUCCCCCGCCGCCCGACCGGGGCGAGGCCCCCAAGGAGCCCCCCGGCGGCAAGCCCUCCUUCGACGGCCUCCGGCUCUCCCCCUUCACCCUGGAGGACGUCCCCCUCCCCCCCGCCAGGCUCCCAUUCCCCGCCCUCAGCUCCGACUCCGGCUCGGAGGAGGCCGUCGCCCCGCAGCCCUCCUGCGCCCCCCAGGCCUCGCCGCCUCGCCAGCCCAGCCCGCAGCGCCAGGCGGCAGGCUGCGCGCCCCCACCCGGGGAGGGCGGCCUCCGGCCCCCCGUCGAGGCGGAGCCCGAGCCGGAGCCGGAGGGGGGGUUGCAGGAGGGGCGGGCGGAGAGGUCGGAGGCUGGGGGGCAGCCGCCCAUGCCCGCCGAGCCCAUGGAGACCUCCCGCGACAGCGAGACGCAGACCGACGGCGGGGGGGUGAAGCCGGAGGCCACCGGAGCUGGGACGCCGGAGAGGGAAGAGGGACCCUCCACGCCCCCCUCGGAGCCUGUCCGGAAAGUUGAGGCGGAGAGGACACAGAGCCUGGCCAAUCACUCACUCUGCAUGUCUGCUAUGGACAAACGGAUGGUCAAUCUCCUGAAGGCUGCCAAGGUCCAGCUGAUUAAAAUCGACCAACAGAAACAGUGGAAAACACAGCAGCUUGCUUUGCAAACCGGACGAGAUUUAAAGACUCCCAUUAAAGAAGAGACUGUCCUAACGGAGAAAUCAGAUACCGAAAGUGAUUGUGAAGACAUGGACGCCAUUAAACGCAAACUCGGAUCGGAAUCGCCCCCACCAGAGGGGAAGAGAGCCAGAGUGGAGAUGCAGGUAUCUCAGGGCCCACGGAUCAAGCACGUUUGCCGCCGGGCAGCGGUGGCACUGGGAAAACCACGGGCGUUGGUGCCGGCGGACAUUCCACGGCUCAGCGCACUCCCGAUGCACGAGCGAGACAGCAUUAUGACAGCACAGAUGGACGCGGAUACCUCCUCUUCAGAGCCCGAGAGUCCAGUGCCUGUCGCCUCGGUGGUGAAGACGGAGCGGGAGGUAGAGGAUGUCGCCGAGGUCCCGACCCCCACGCCGGCCGAGGAGGAGUCCAAGCCGCCGGUGGCCUGUGGCCAGCCCAAACGCCGGGGGAACCGGUGUGGGAGCUGCAAGGGCUGCCGGAACCUGGCUGACUGCGGCAAGUGUGUCAACUGCCUGGACAAGCCCAAGUUUGGCGGCCGAAACACCAAGAAACAGUGCUGCGUGUGGCGGAAAUGUGACAAAAUAGAACAGAAGCGACAGGAACGUCUGGCAAAUGUGCGCAAGCGGAGCCGGAUCACCCUCCUCCCGGCCAUCGACACUCGCCCGGUGAUGGGCAAGGACGACGAGGAGUGGCUGCCUGACUCACGGGGCUACGCUGCCUACGAGUACAUGCUGGAGGCCGCAGUGGAAGAGGUGCAGGUGAAGAACGGGGAGGCCUCGCUGGCGCCGGUGGAGAGCCUGGGCCCCGACACGCAGCUGCAACGCAAGUCCAUCCGCCGCACGGCCCGGCAGUGGUCCUACUACGCCCUGUUCGAGGAGUCUGACCUCUCCGACUCCGAGACCGACGGCAAGCUGCCUUCCAACUCGCUGAAGGAUGACCUUCAAUCUCUGAUGGACGAUCAGUGUCGACUAAAACCCUUACAACUGAAAUCCCGAAAAAGCAGAGAGAAGGAUCGGCCCGUUCUGUUGAGCAAACAGGAGCAGCUGGUGUUGAGCCCCUUGAGCCCGUUCGCCAACAGCAACAGCAGCAGACAGAAGGGGCCAUCGGACGGAGUGCACCGGAUACGUGUGGACUUUAAGGAGGACUGCAACAUUGAAAACGUCUGGCUGAUGGGUGGCCUCAGUGUGCUGUCAUCGGUACCCAUCCUCCCUCGGGUCCUGUGUCUACUGUGUGCAAGCCAAGGACACCACGAGAUGGUUUAUUGCCAGGUGUGCUGUGAACCCUUCCACAGCUUCUGUCUGGAGGAGAAGGAGAGACCGUCGGCCGACCAGAAGGAGAACUGGUGCUGCCGUCGCUGCAAGUUCUGUCACGUCUGCGGUCGCAAGAGCAAAGCUUCGAAGCAUCUUCUGGAGUGUAACAAGUGUCGGGCUACGUACCAUGCAGCCUGCUUAGGACCUAACUACCCAACCAAACCGAGUAAGAAGAGGCAGACGUGGGUCUGUCCCAAGUGCGUGCGGUGUAAAAGCUGUGGUGCCACCACCCCCGGGAGGAGCUGGGACGCUGAGUGGUCAUAUGACUUCACCCUGUGUAACGACUGCGCCAACCUCUUUGAGAAAGGCAAUUAUUGUCCCAUUUGUACCAAGUGCUAUGAAGAUAAUGACUACGAGAGUAAGAUGAUGCAGUGCUCGAAAUGCGACCACUGGGUGCAUGCGAAAUGUGAAGGUGUUUCAGACGAGAUGUACGAGAUUUUGUCGAACCUGCCUGAUAACAUCGUGUACACGUGCCUGCCCUGCAUGGAGGGGAAGCCUGCGGAAUGGCAGGAAGUGGUCACCAGUGAGCUGCUGUCCGGCCUCAAGCAGGUGCUGACGGGGCUGCUGACCUCGCGGCUGACCGCUCACCUUCUCAAGCACAGGGAGUACGGCGACGACGACUUGGACAUCUUCGACGCGGGGGUCCCCUGCGACCUGGAUGGGGUGCGGGCCAAGUUUGAAGACGGCGAAUACUCCUCUGUGCUGGAUUUUUCCGAUGAUGUGGUGCGAAUAAUUCAGAGCAGCAUCAAUGAGGAGCUUGAGUUCCCAGACACCAGGAAAGCCAACCUAUCCGCAAAGGCCUAUUAUAUAAAGCAAAUGGACCGCAUCUUCCCAUGGUUUAAGGUUCAAGACUCCAAGCUUUGGCAAGAAUCAGGAAACCUACCCAACGGUGUCCACCCGAAUGCUGUCGCCCCUCCGUCGCUCGACCACAGCUACGCUCAAUGGCGGGAGCAGGGUGACAGCUCCCAGCCGCAGAGCGCCCAGCAGAGGAACAACCAGGAGGCAGCGGCCACAGCAGGGAAGGAAGGGUCGCAGGGCCGCAGGGCGGAUCGGCCGGCGGGUGCCGGCGGAGGGAAGAACCGAAGCAGGAGCUUGGAGUCCGGCUUGGCGACUGACCCCGAGGACGGCCGGCAGUGCGCCCUGUGCCUGAAGUACGGCGACGAUAAACUCAACGACGCCGGGCGCCUCUUGUACAUCGGCCAGAACGAGUGGACGCACGUCAACUGUGCCUUGUGGUCGGCUGAGGUCUUCGAGGAAGGGGACGGCUCUCUGAAGAACGUUCACACGGCAGUGGGCCGUGGAAAGCUGAUGCGCUGUGAACAUUGCCAAAGGCCAGGAGCGACAGUCGGUUGCUGUUUGUCCUCCUGUCAAAGCAACUACCACUUCAUGUGUGCCCGUGCCUGCAACUGUGUGUUCGAAGAGGACAAGAAGGUCUACUGCCAGAGACACAAGGACUUGGUGCAGGGAAAGACUGUUCUGGAAGAUGGCUUCGAAGUGAUGCGCAGGGCUUAUGUAGAUUUUGAAGGGAUCACCUUGCGGAGGAAGUUUCUAACGGGGCUGGAACCCGAGAAUAUCAGCAUGGUGAUUGGCUCGAUGACCAUUGAUAGCUUAGGCAUUCUGACAGAGCUAUCAGAAUGUGAGGGACACAUCUACCCUGUUGGUUAUCAGUGUUCCCGGGUGUACUGGAGUACGACAGACGCCAGGAGGAAGUGCGUGUACCGCUGUAAGAUCAUGGAGUAUCACCCGCCAGCCUCCGAAAGCGACGUCAACGGCCUGGACGAUGGCACGAAUCACACCAUCGUUCACAGCCCCAGCACGACAGACGUGAAUGACACCGCGGAACCUGCCGGAAAGGGGCGGGCGGAGUGCCCGCGCUCCCCCGAGAGGCACCCGGCGGCGGGUCAGAAAGCCAGACCCCUGCCCCCUCCUCGCCCGCUUCCCUGCAGCCGCAUCAAGACUCCGAGUUUCCCCGCAGGCUGUCGGUGGUCAUCAAGAGGCUCGCGACCUCUCCCUUCCCCCGGGAGCCCGGCUUCCGUCUCUCACCACAUCCUGACGGUCAGCGACCCUGCCAUCUCUCCGAACCGUCGCUCGGUGGUGCCCCGGCGCCACGGGCUGAUAUCCCACCACGCCGUGCCGAGGGGCAAGGUGACCUCUCCGCCGAGGGCCGUCGGGGCCACGGCCAGAGCCCCGGCGGCCUCACACCCCUUCAGGACCAAGGACGGCCUCUCCCUGUCCCACCACCUGGUCAACGCCUCCUUCCGCGACGGGACCCUGAGCGCCGUCCUGGACCGGCGCGCUGCGCCGAGCUGCGCCCCCAGGCCGCCGGGCGGCAGCGGCGACCCCCCCCCAUCCUCCUCCUCCUCCUCCUCCUCCUCCUCCUCCUCCUCCUCCUCCUCCUCCUCCUCCUCCUCCUGCAUUUCCUCCUCCUCCGCCCGCCCUCACCCCAGCACCGGCACCGCCCAGCGCAACGGGCCGGAGAGGGAGGCCGCGGCCAGCCGGCUUCUCCGGGGAGAGGAGGAGGAGGAGGCGGAGGCGGAGGGGGGGGAGGGGGAGGGGGACGGGGCGAUCGGGAGGAACCACGGCUCCAGGAGGACGGGCGCCGUCUCGGCCCCGGGGCAGCCCCGGCAGCCGGGCAGCCUCAAGCCCAAGAUCGUGGAGACCUACGGGCAGUUCGGCCUCAGGAGGAUGGAGGCCUCGGAGCCGGGCGGACGCCCCCCGGCGCCCCGGAGGGAGGCGCUGGAGCUUCCCUGCCCGCUCGGCGCCUCCGAGCUGCUGGCCCCCGGCUUCGCCGGCGGCGGGUGCCGGGGCGGGGGUGGGGUGGGGGGGGGCGAGGAGGAGGAGGAGGAGGAGGCGGCCCCCUCCUCCUCCCCCCUGCUGGACGACGGGGACCACCCCUUCGACUCCAUCGACAUCGACAUCGUCUCGGUGCUCGGCUCCCCCCACCUGCUGGGCUGUGGCGCCCAGGGCGAGCCCAUCCUCACCGAGUCCUACCAGGACCAGACGCUGCACUACGGGGCCCAGAUCGUCGUGGGCGACCAGCGGGAGACCGGCAGGGGCAAGUACCCGGGCCCAGCCCAGCUGCUGACGGCGCCGGUGGUGGGGGGCGACGGCGGCGGCGGCGACGACGGCGGCGGCGCCAACACCUCGGACGACGACCUGGACCACUACUACAACUUCGCCCGCACGGUGGUGACCGAGGAGGUGAUGGACCAGCUGGCGUCCGAGUGCUUCGGCCUGGAGGGGGAGGUCCCCCGCAUCGACCAGCUGGACGGCGUGGACGACCGAGCCGCCGCCGCCGGAGGAGGAGGAGACGGGACGCGGGGCGGCGAAGGAGACGAGGAGGCGGCCAGCGACCGGCACAGGGGCGCCGACCGCGGGCCCCUCGCCAGGGCCGAGGGCGCCGGCCAGCCCCGGGGGUUGCCGCCUGAAGACGGGGCCCCCCUGCCCUCCCCCGGCAAGGGGGCGCAGGAGCCCGACUCCGCCGGCAGCGCCGGCGAGGAGCUGGGCAACAUCCUCCCCUCGGAGAUCAUGGACUUUGUGCUGAAGAACUCCUCCGGCAUGCCGUCCGUCGGCGAAGGCACCGACACGGGGGCCCCCUUCUCCCUGCCCUUGCCGCCGAGCUCCGGCCCGGGCCUCCUCGACGCCAAGGGGCCGGAGGCUGACCGGAGCAACCACCUGCCCGCCGGCGGCGAGAGCGCCCCGGAGGGUGACCCCCGCUUCCCGGAGCCCCCCCGGAUCCAGAGGGUCUGCGCCAACCUCGCCGCCGAGCCGGGGCCCGGCCGGAAGAGCGUCGUCCUGGUCAACGAGCGCCGGCCCCACCUGGUCAUCCUGAAGAGCGCGCAGGAGCCGCCCGGCGCCGGCCCCCCGUCGCCGGCCGGGAGACCCCCGGGGGCCCCGCUGCAGCUGGUGGCCGCCGGGGACCGCCCCCCGCCGCCGGCAACGCCGAAGGGGCUGGCCAGCGUCGUUCAGCUCCCCCAGCCCGAGGUGGUCUACGUCAACCAGCACCCCCAUCCUCCUCCUCCUCCGCCGGCGCCGGCCCCCCAACUGCAGCAGCAGCAGAGCUUCGGGGCCGUCCUGGUGGGCGCCCCAGGUCCCAUGACCCUGCUCCGGCCGCCCGAGGCCCCUCCCCUGGCCCUCGGACCGUCCGUCCUCAACGUGGUCUCGGUGCAGCCCGGGUCCCCGGUGUCCGGCCAGCUGGUCAGCCGGGGGUCCCUGGGCAACCUGGUCUUGGCCCGGCGGGAGCCGCCGGUGACCUGCCUCGCGCCCGGCCCCCUGAAGGCCCGGCCGCCGGCGCCCGGCUCCAAGCCCCCGGACGCAGAGGGGGCGGGCGGCGCCCACGCCAGGGCCCCCACCGCGCCGGGCUGUCAGCGGAGCAGCUGGCAAAGCGCCGCACCUCCUCCGCCCGACCCCAGCUCCGCCCAGCCCCCCUCCGGCCCCAAGCACGCCUUCCUGUCCUCCGACAGAGUCCACGUCAAGAAGCAGAAGACCUCGCACGUCUGGGUCGAUCAGCUGGUCGCGGAACGCAAGGUCCUGGAGGGUCUCCCGAAGAUCCAGCCCCCCACCUCCUUAGGGAAUGGGCGAGUUCGGAUUAAGACACCGACCAUUAAGGCCACUUUGGACCUGAACCAGAUGGAGCCUUUGAACUCUGAGAACACCAAGUCAGAACAGAUUGAAGACCCAUCGUCCCGUCUAAGCGGCCUGUCAAUGCGAGACUGCAGUCGUUACAGCAACCGUCGCACUCCUACCAGAGAAUGGAAGCACUGUUCAGCUGAGCUGAGCUCAGAGGACGAAUCGAUAGCCUCUACCACUCACGAGGAGGAGGAGGAGGAAGAGGAAGAGGAGGAGGAAGAUGAGGAUGAUGAUGAUGAUGAGGAGGCAGAAGAGGACGAAAAGGACGAGAAGGACAAAGAGAACUGGCGGGGGUCGGAGACGUUAAAAAAGAACGGGCCUCAUUUGCGGUUCGAAAUCACAAGUGACGACGGCUUCAGUGUGUGUGCAGACAGCAUAGAUGUGGCGUGGAAAGCGGUGCUGGACAAGGUGCUGGAAGCUCGAGCAAACGCUCGUCUGAAGCAGAUCUCAUUCACAGGUAUGAGUGGCCCCCGGUGUCUCGGACUAACACACGAUGCCGUACUUUUCCUUGUCGAGCAGUUGGCUGGGGCCAAGAACUGCAGGAAAUACAAGUUUCGCUUUCACAAACACGCUGAGGUGGAUGAGCUUCCGAUUAAUCCACACGGCUGCGUCCGGGCUGAAGUUGGGAGUAGGAAAUCGACGUUUGAUAUGUUCAAUUUCCUUGCCUCUCGGCACCGGAAGCUUCCAGAAUACGGAUUUGUCGAUGAGGAGGAAGAUGAGGUGCAUCUAAAAUCAGCCAGGCGGGCGACCAGCAUGGACCUCCCGAUGGCCAUGAGGUUUCGGCAUCUAAAGAAGACGUCGAAAGAGGCGGUGGGUGUUUACAGGUCUGCCAUUCACGGCCGUGGUCUCUUUUGUAAAAGAAACAUUGACGCCGGGGAGAUGGUGAUAGAAUAUUCCGGAAUCGUUAUUCGAUCUGUGUUAACCGACAAGCGGGAAAAAUAUUACGACAGCAAGGGGAUCGGCUGCUACAUGUUCCGGAUCGACGACUUCGAGGUGGUGGACGCCACCAUGCAUGGCAACGCGGCCCGCUUCAUCAACCACUCCUGCGAGCCCAACUGCUACUCCCGGGUCAUCAACGUGGAGGGGCAGAAGCACAUCGUCAUCUUCGCCAUGCGCAAGAUCUACCGGGGCGAGGAGCUGACCUACGACUACAAGUUCCCCAUUGAGGACGCCAGCAACAAGCUUCCUUGCAACUGCGGCGCCAAGAAAUGCCGGCGCUUUCUCAACUGACCGGCGGACCGGAGAGGGACUGAACUGUCGCGUGGCGCUGGACUUGCUCCUCCCCGGGGGAGGGGGUGCUGUGUGUGUGUGUGUGUGUGUGUGUGUGUGUGUGUGUGUGCGCGUGUGCGUGUGUGCCGGGGAACAGGAUCCAGGCGGUGGUGUGUCGGAGCGAGGGGGGCCUGUUUGCGUCGGCCUGGCAGCUGCCCCCCCCACAUACCACCCCCCACCCCCACCGGCCGCACCCAACCCCCUCCCCACCGAAGGAAUAAACCCCAGUCUAUCACCUCCUCCCCCCCGCCAACCGCCUGCCUGACCAGAGACCACAGACCGAUUGCGAAUUAUUAUAAUUUUUUUUCUUUUUCCCCCCUCGUUUUUAUUUUAUUUUUUUUUAAAAUCGAGGGAGCGGUGAGUGGCGAGAACCUUGCUAGAUAACUUCGUGUAAAAACAAAAAACAGAAAAAAAAAAGGUGUACAUAUCUGUAUAGAUAUUUCUAAAAACCCAUUAUUUUCUAUGCACUUUUUUAAUUUAAGAAAUGGUUUCCUUAAUAAAGAUGUUCAGUUGUUCA